AUGGAAUGCGCCGUGCUGUCCGAUCCUCGUAAUGCAGCUAAGAUCGUCAGGCUGCACUUCCAUGACUGCUUCGUUCAGGGGUGUGACGGGUCGGUUUUGCUCGAUGAUACGAUUACCUUGCAAGGGGAGAAAUCCGCCACUCCGAACGUGGAUUCACUCAAAGGGUUCGAAAUCAUCGACAGUAUUAAAAACAAGGUGGAAUCUGAUUGCCCUGGCGUUGUUUCCUGUGCUGAUAUCCUCGCCAUUGCUGCCAGAGAUUCUACCGUUCUGGUAUAUAUGCGUGUCACUUUUUUUUUUCUCACUUUGUUCAAACACUACUAUGGCAAAUGUUCAAUGGCUGGCUGGCAGGUUGGUGGACCUGACUGGGAGAUGUAUUUAGGGAGGAAAGAUUCUAAAACUGCGAGCUAUGAGCUUGCUAACUCAAACCUCCCAGUUCCAUCAGAGGGCAUUCUGCCAAUCAUCACCAAAUUCCUUUACCAAGGGCUCUCUGUUACCGAUAUGGUGGCCCUCUCAGGGUCGCACACGAUCGGGGUGGCGCGGUGCCAGAAUUACAGGGCAAGGAUCUACGGUGACUACACGGUAACCGCCGAUCAAUCCACGGCCUCCGAGUCCUACCUCAACGACCUGAGAGCCUCGUGCCCCGCGGCGGGAGGAGACGACGACACGGUUGCUCCCAUGGACAACGUUACGCCCAACUUGUUCGACAAUUCGUAUUAUCAAAUCCUGUUGAGAGGGGAAGGGUUGCUGAAUUCCGACCAGGAGAUGUACUCCAGCUUCCUCGGUGUCCAGACCAAGCAGCUCGUCCUUCAGUACGCACACGACCCGCUCGCUUUCUUCCAUCAGUUCGCGCAGUCGAUGGUCGCGAUGGGCAACAUUACCAACGCCGUCGAUGGCGGCGAGGUCAGGAGGAACUGCAGAUUUGUGAAUACUUAG